AUGGCAGUGAAAAAUUCGGAAGUCAUGGCACAAUUAACUGAAUCUAGACAAAGUGUUCUGAAGCUAGAAAGUGAUUUAGAAGACAAAGAUGAAAUACUUAGAGAAAGAUUUUCUCUAAUGAAUGAAAACCGAGAAUUAAAGUUCCGUGUUGCAACACAGAAUGAGCGACUGGAUUUGUGUCAGCAAGAAAUUGAAAAUUCAAGGGUAGAACUGAGAAGUUUGGAAAAAAUUAUAUCCCAGUUGCCAGAUUAAGCUUGCAAUAAAAGAGGCAGAAAUUCAAAAACUUCAUGCAAACCUGACUGCAAAUCAG